AUGUUUCCUGUCCUGUCCUCGUCAAGAAACCAUGCGGUUGCUUCCUUGCUGAUACCUUGCCUUAUCUUGCUCUCUUUAGCGAGAACAGUUCAUUCGUUUCAACCAAGCAAAUUGUUACGGCAUACUAUCGCUUUGGAUACCCCACACCCCCACUUCUUGGCCAAAACAAGUGAUGAUACGGAAACGACAAAACAGAAGCGAGCCAAAGGAGUCUAUGUUCGACCCUCCGCGGUGAUUGAGAAAGGAUCUGGGUUCUUCUUUCCGGGGCUCGAAGGGCCACGAGUGCGGCUGUUUACCGGCACGGCCUUGUUGGCAGUGACGGCAAUAAACCAUGUUCUGACCGAGAACAGCAGUGGAUUUUCCGAAGCUCUGGCAGUCUUUUAUAGCUUUUUGGUAUUAUUUCAAGGCGUCAUUGAAUCGGUCAAGGAUGGGCGAGUGGAAACCAUUGCUUCCAGGGACGAGUCAUCCGUCCCCACGCAACAGCAAUUGUCUCAACAAUGGAGCAGUACCGCAACAGAAGGGCAGGACAAGGUCGAAUGGGCAGCUGCCUCCUUUCUAGCUCUGACUCCGGCUACACACAUGAUGCUGCUGCGACGAGACAAUGACAAUGAUCCAUUCAUAUACUAUUCGUUGGGACCUGAUAAGCCGUCAACCAAUUCAGAGAAGAUUGCUUCUGCUGCCAUGGCAGCACUCGAUACGGCCAAAGCCUCUCAGGGAGGAAGGGUGGCGCUGCCAGUAGAUCAUCCUGCUGCUGUUGGCUUGAUUGACAAUCCACAAAACCGACGAUGCGUCAUUCUCCAACAAGUAAGCAGCACACCCGAUAUGUGUUGGAUGGUGGCUUCCAAUGAUUUGUUGGCUAGUUUUACCAAGGGUGACUUGCAAUGGCUGGGGCAAAUGGCUACAUUUGUCCUGGACUAGACUAGCUAGCUAGAUGGGACCAAGUGAAUUGCACAAACAACAAAUUGCGAGAAUGAGGAGCAAUGCGUGUUCUCAGAGCAACAGUUCGAGGACCUAUAUUCCCUCUCUCGGCAAAGAAGUAAUUGCUAGCUAGCAUGGUC